AUGUCGACCUGGAGUAUGGGAGUCCUUCGACGGCCCAAGGGCAGUUUCAUGCCCUCCCAACGUCGACAAGAAGGCAAGAACAAAGGCGGUGGUGAAGGCGGUGGUGACGGCGGUGGUGACGGCGGUGGCAGAGGUGGAGGAGGCGAUGGAAAAAAUGGCAAUGGGGGUGGAGGUAAUGGUCAACAAAACGGUGGUGAUGGCCAGCGAGGCCAAGGUGGAGGUGAAAACAGAGGCCAGUCGAGACCCAAUGGCCAGGGUCGACCAGGCCCUCCAGAUGGCCCACCACAGGGCGGCGGACGAGGGGGACCAGAUUCCAAUAAUGAUGGUCGUGGAGGACAAGGCCCCGGCGGAGGCGGCGGACAGGGGCGAGGUCAAGGUCGCCCGCCAUCUUCUCAGGGUGGCCCGGGCCAGGGUCCCGAUCCCGAUCGGCAGAGAGAUCAGGUCAACGGUCCGCCGAACGGAGGUCCUCCGGGAGGUCAACAAGGCGGUGAUAGGAAUCAAGGGCAGGGGCAGGGCCAGAAUAACCAGAACGGGGGCCAGAACCAAGGCGAUCGAGGCCAAGGCCAACAGAACCAAGGACAGAACGGAGGUCAGAAUCGAGGCCAGGGCCAAGGUCAGAACAACCAGGGACAGAACAACAACAACAAUAACAACAACAACCAAGGCCAGAACAACAAGAAUCAAGGCCAGAACAACAACAACAACAACAAUAACAACAACAACAACCAGGGUCAGAACAAAGAUGGCAAUCGGGGUCAAGGCCAGCAGAACCAGGGUGGCAAUAGGGGGCAGGGACAGACACAGAACCAGCAGUUUCCGGACAACAACAAUAAUAACAAUAAUAAUAAUAACGGCAACAACAACCAGUCGAAGUCGGAGGAGUCCACCUCCACUACAACCCAGGAGCAGACUUCGACCUCCACCCCCGAAGCCCAGCCGACGGAACAACCACCACCUCCCGUUGCCUCGCCAGAAACACCGCCUCUCGCUGCCCAGCCACCACCACCACUGCCGCCGCCGCCGCCACCUCCUCCAGAACAAACACCGCCAUCUGAGACGUCUUCGACACUGACUUCGGCCUCUUCGACCUCUUCGACCUCUUCGGCCUCUUCGACCUCGAGUCUGCCUACAUCGUCACCAACCAGCACGACACAGCAACAACAACAACCGGCUGCUGCUUCCUCUUCACCAAGUCCCUCACUUCCACCUCUGGCGGCCCAAACUCAGGUCUCACUUUCACCACAAACAACUCCUCCACCUGUGCCAUUACCCAUCGUCGUACCAACACCCGCUAGUGCCUCACCCGUGGCCGAGGUGGCUCCCCUUUCGUCUCUGGCAUCAGUUCCGAUACAAUCUGCGGUAGCCGACAGCAAUGAUGCAAAACCCUCACCUGGACCUGUCAUGUCAUCUGGAAAGAUGGCAGGAAUUGCUGUUGGCAGUGUUUCUGCGGUAGCAAUUAUCGGGACCUUGAUCCUGAUCCUUUUCCGUCUAAGGAGGCGAGGCUACCUUCGAUCGUUCAAGAGCCCAUUCAAGAGCUCCCGAAAUUUGAUGGGCCGCGCGAGGAGGCUCCCAAGCCGGACAUCGACUCCAGAGCCAGAAAUGAGUGAGGCCCGCAUGCCUGCUGCAGGGCCGUCCGCAGACAGACUGAGCAGCGCUCGAUCACCGUCUGCAUGGGACUACGAUGAUGACGACACAUCAGCCUCCCCUGCCGUCCUCGACAGAUCGCUGCCGGUUAUUCAAAAGCCCUUGAAAGGCCUGGUGGGCCGUGGUGGGACAACCAGGCAGACGCUGGACCGAGACGCCGACGGCUUCUUUGUCGGAAGCACGCUGUCACCAGUAGCCGAGGCCCAAUCGAUAAUAUCACAGACCACCGACUCAACCAGCGUAGUACCGCCGUCGCCGGUUCUCCAGGCCAACGGGUCGCGCGAGCCCUUGGCGCAGCAGGCCGAGCCUGCGGCUUCCGUCAACUGCCCGGUGCAGAAGCUACAGAACAAGCUGCGAUUGCACAACUCCACCGACCCGCGGCCAUGUACAAAGCAUGGCGGCCACUCACAAGCAGACCGGGGCAGUGUGUCAUCCGUGUCGUCAUGUACAACAUGCGGUGGCGACUCACCAAGGGAAAGCCGCUUCUCGUUUGCCUUCCUACUGCAGCCACCCCUGGACCUAUUCAAAUCCAAGAGGGGCUCUUCGGAGGAGGACAGCAGGAAGUCAGGGUGGUCGCUGUGGUUCAGGACUGAAGACGGCAAGAAAGACAGGUCGGAACAAAGCAAUAUGCAAGAGAAGAGAUGAGAGGCUCGCUGGCGUGUCCAUGGAAAUAUUGAUUGAUUGAACUGUACAAAGCGGUAUAUAGUUGUGGAGACAGCAGCAUAUUGAUACGAUCAAGACCGGCGUUC